UUCUGUGUGACGUAAUCGGAAGUGUUUGUGUCAUUGUCCCAUCCACUGGUCCUCCUCCUCUUCCUCAGCAUCCUCCUCCUCCUCUGUCGCCAUGGUGCAGAUGAUGGAGUCGCAGUGUAAAAACAGCCCGUCCAGCCCGGCGGUUCGAGACCUAUUGGACCGACACCAGGCCAGUCUGGGUCGAUCUCAGUCCUUCUCCCACCAGCAGCCGUCUCGAUCGCACAUCAUGAGGACGGGCAGCGCCAUGGAGCACCGGGCCAUCACGCCGCCCGUCGGCUCGCCGGUUGGCUGGCCGCUCUACCUGCCACCGCAGGACAAGACGCUGCUGUCGCUGGACAAGAUCGCCAAGAGGGAGUGCAAAGUCCUGGUGGUGGAUCCCACCAGCUAGAGGGCGAAGAGGCUUUUAUUUGGAAGGAGACUUAACCUCGAAGCAAGCUGCAGGAAACACCGACGGGUCUGAUGGAACUGUGAUUCAUGAGGAGAGGAGCCGCCAUGAUCAAACUUCACACGAAAUAUUUAAUGUAUUAUCACAUCCAGAGACACAGCUUUUAUGGAUCAUGUUUUCCUGCUCAUUUGAACAAAAUGUACAAAAAAAAUCAGGAAAUUUCCAAGAACUUCCUGCACAAUUACUAAUUAUUAGCGAAACGGUGAAAGCAGAGCUACGGUUUUGCAAAUAAUUUUUAAUCUAAAAAAUACGUAUUUGUUUUCCACUGCAGGUCAGAAAGCAGAAACAUCAGUAAAACAUUUACAGAAGCACAUCUGCAACCAUCUGUAAAAGAUUUCCCUUUAUAAUUAUCACCACAUUUCACAGGAUUUUAUUUACAGCUUCUAGUGGAAAUGAGUUGGAAAAUACAGGAACCGUAAAAAAAAAAAAAAAAAGUGUUAUUUCACUGUAUUAUUUAACAUUGAGAGAAACUUUUGUCUCAUUUCUCAGUGUUAUUCUCUCAGUAGUUUUAUUUUGGACAGUUGUGCCUUCAGAUUUUGAGUGAAUGCGACACAAGAAACUAAAUAAACUGCAUGCAAGAAAGAAUGAUUUUAUUAUUAAAAAGAAUUCACGUGUCCUGCUUUGUUUCAGUCAUACCACAUCUGUUUAGUUUACUGCAGGUAAAUCCGAGAGGAGCAA